AUGAAAAAGUUAACUAUAAAUACUCGUAAAGCGCAAAUAAAUGAACGGCGUAGAAAAUCAAAAAAUGAUGUUGAAAAUGUAUCAAUUAUUAAUUACUAUCAUCUUAUUGAACUUCAGUUUUUUCAAGCUUACGAAGAUUAUCUUGAAGAAUCUUUGCUUAAUACAAAAACAUGCUUUCUAAAUAAUGUUUAUCUCUUUGCUGCUCGUGAAUUACUUGAAAAAGUGGCAGACAAUUUUACGCGAGAUUCGCCACGACUCAACGGUUCAAAAAUUCAUUGA